AUGGUGCGACGGGCGUGGCGCGGCGGGGUGCCGAGGUCGGAGGCGGGCGGCGGGGUGGACGCGGGGGCAGUGACGCCCAGCGGAGAGCGCGAGGACGCCGCCCGCUGCCAAGGCCCGCGAGACCCUGGCCCAGUCCCUAGUCACCAGGGAGGAGCUGGGCAGCUCCAGCGGGACCGACUCACGGAUGAUGAUUCCUCUGCAGGGCUGCGCGUGGGCCAAGGAGAUGCAGGAGGCCACGGGCCCCUUCCCAGGCCCUCCCUCACGGCCUGGCCCAGCGCGGUGGUGCCUGAGGAUGGUGAUGUGACGCUGACAUGCCGCGCGCCCAUCGGGGGCCUGGGAAAGUUUGUUCUCAGAAGGGGAGGACACAGCAUGGAGAACAGGGGAGAAUACACCAUGGAGCACGUGCCCUCACCUGGCUGGACAGAAAGCCUGGCCAAGUUUCACCUCGCUGGUCUACAACCCAGUCAAGCUGGAGAGUACACCUGUGACUACCAGACAAGAGAGAGGCCCCGAGAAACAUCACCGCCCAGUGAGGCCCUUCUACUCCUGGUGACAGGUUUUUACCCCAAACCUUCCCUCCAAGCCCACCCACGGGGAGAGGUGACCGCAGGAGAGAACGUGACCCUGCAGUGCCAGUGGCCUCGCCACCUGACUGAGCCGACACACUUUGUUAUACUGAAGGCAGGAGAGUCAGCACCACCCACCCAGGUCUCCACUUCACAGGAGAGGGGAACCGUCUUCUCCCUUCCGAAGGUGACACCCGGUGACAGCGGGAACUACAGCUGUGUGAGCCACAUGACCAGGGCUCCAUUCCGGGGCUCGCACCCCAGUGAGUCCGUCUCCAUCCAGGUGACAGGGCUGCGCGUGGGCCAAGGAGACACAGGAGGCCACGGGCCCCUUCCCAGGCCCUCCCUCACGGCCUGGCCCAGCGCGGUGGUGCCUGAGGGUGGUGAUGUGACGCUGACAUGCCGCGCGCCCAUCGGGGGCCUGGGAAAGUUUCAUCUCAGAAGGGGAGGACACAGCGUGGUGGAAGUGCCCCCAACUGACUGGACAGAGGGCCUGGCCAAGUUUCACCUCGCUGGUCUGCAAGCCAGUCGAGCUGGAGAGUACACCUGUCACUACCAGAGAAGAGAGAGGCCCCGAGAAACAUCACCGCCCAGUGAGGCCCUUCUACUCCUGGUGACAGGUUCUUACCCCAAACCUUCCCUCCAAGCCCACCCAAGCGGAGAGGUGACCGCAGGAGAGAACGUGACCCUGCAGUGCCAGUGGCCACGCAACAUGACUGAGCUGACACAUUUUGUUAUACUGAAGGCAGGAGAGUCAGCACCACCCACCCAGGUCUCCACUUCACACGAGAGGGGAACCCACUUCUCCCUUCCGAAGGUGACAGCCGGUGACAGCGGGAACUACAGCUGUGUGAGCCACAUGACCAGGGCUCCAUUCUGGGCCUCGCGCCCCAGUGAGUCUGUCUCCAUCCAGGUGACAGAUACCCAAGGAGCCACAUCAGAGGACUACAGCAAGGUGAACCUCAUUCGUCUGUGUCUGGCUGCCCUAACUGUGGUCAUUCUAGGGGUUUUCCUAGUGGAAGCCUGGUACGGCCAGAAGUCACCGCUUGGAUCCAGGUAA